CUAUUUGGUUUCGUUUCUCUCUCUUGCAGUCAGCGAUGGCGUUUUCUGAUGCGAGGAAGGAGCUGGACUGUUCCAUCUGUCUGAACAUUUAUACUGAUCCCGUAACACUGAAAUGUGGACACAACUUCUGCUGCUGUUGUAUAGAACGUGUGCUGGACACACAGGGGAGGUCUGGACUUUAUUGUUGUCCUCAAUGCAGAGAAGAGUUCCAGGAGAGACCUGAACUUCUCAGGAACAUCACACUGCGUAAUAUAGUGAAGAGUUUCCGGCCUACAGAACCAGAGCAGAAGGAGAUGGAGAUCUUGUGUACGAAUUGUAUUCACUCUCCUGUACCUGCUGUGAAAUCCUGUCUGAUGUGUGAAGCUUCUCUGUGUGACAAUCACCUGAAAGUCCACAGCAAGUCACCCCAACAUGUCUUAUGUGACCUCACCAAUCCCCAGGAGGGCAGGAAAUGCUCCAUCCAUAUGAAGAUCCUGGAGUAUUACUGCUCCGAGGACUCUGCCUGUCUCUGUGGGUCCUGCAGGCUGCUUGAAGACCAUCAGGAACAUCAGGUGGAGACCCUGGAGGAGGCCUCUGAGAAGAGGAAGGAGAACCUGACCAAUGCUUUGCAGAAAUUGGUGAAAGAGAGAGAGGAGAUGGAGCAAAGCAUCGAGAGUCUGAAGAAGUACAAAAGGAAAGAACAAGACAGUGCAGCCGGUGUAACCAAGAGAGUCACCACCCUGGUCAGAGACAUCAAGAGGCAACUGGACACCAUGGAGAGGAAAAUUCUGAAUAAGAUCUCCAGACAAGCAGAGAAGGACUCAUUCCCAGCCUCUGAUCUAAUCCAACAGCUGGAGAUAAAGAAGGACGAGCUGUCCAGGAAGAUGCGUCACAUUGAGGAGAUAUGUAACAUGACGGAGCCACUGAGUGUCCUACAGGAAUCAGACACAGGUGACUUGUAUGAUAUAGAGGAUGGAGAUAAUAAGGACAAAGAGAGACGUGAUAAACUCCUUCAUGGUGGACGGGAUCUGGAUGUGGCUGAGAUCUCACACACGUUAUAUACAGGUUUAUCUGACAUCAUAAAGGGGGUAUACGGAGGGAACUAUAUACUGAAACCCGCAGAUAUAUUAUUGGAUGUAAAAACAGCUCAUAAUUAUCUUCAUAUAUCAGAUGACAGGAAGACGGCACGCAGGGUGGAGAGAAACCAGAAUCGCCCCAAUACACCACACAGAUUCCAGGGAGUGACAGAAAGCAAUGUAAUGAUACCUCAGGACAAACUAACAGGUUCUCUUAUAUCUCGCCUCCUCUGCUACUAA